AUGAGUCCAGUGCCAGCGCGGGUGCCUGCACGGAAGAGCUGCCGCACGUCCGUGGAGGGCGACGAGUGCUUCGCGAGGGUGGUGUGGUCGAUGCAGACGGGCGUGGUAAAGUACCCAGAGUGGUUUGCUCCCCUGACCGGCAGAUCCAGCUUCGAGGCCUUCCAGCGGCACUUGCACGGCUCAGCCAGGUUUUCCAGCGUGUGCCCCGAGCCCUGUGGAGAGCCAUCGGAGCGGGUCGUGGCCGCACCAGCACACGCGUCUGUCUUUCCUGGGUACGAGCUGGUCGGGAGCAAUUGCUUGUGCGGGAACAAGAUAAAGGGCUUCAGCGAUGAGCACGAGACCCUUGAGCUGUGCGCGUCUGAGUGCAAUUUGUACCCUCACUGCAUGGCCAUUGGCUUGCAUCCGCCAGAAGAUGCCAUGUGGGGUGGCCACUGCGACCUGUACGACGCUCUUUGCCCUGCCACGGACGGGCACGAUGCGAACACCACCUGCGCCAAUCCCCUCACAGUGGCCGCCCUCAGUAAUAACUACAACAAGGUGCCGACCCCCUCGCCCACGCCUGUUCCACCACCUCCCGCAGUCGUCUGUGAUGUUAUCAAUGGUUCUUCUCCGAGUUCUCAGUAUCCGUGUCAGUGCGAUUCCUCUGUGUGCGAACUCAAUCAGCUUUGCUCCGCAGGCUCAUGCAUGCCCAUGUCGGUUCUGCACGUGCAGUGGCCGUGCUCGAACCCUGGGAUUGGCAACCCGUACUUCAGCCUUGCCGGAACAAGUCAGACAGGAGCCCCAAUCUAUUCCAACGCCGAUGGCAAUUCUAUCUAUUGGGACGCUUCUUGUGACGGGUACGUGCGUGCAGGAGAUGAUCGCGUACCUAGAUGGAUCCUUGAUCAGGGGGUACCAUCAUUGGAUGCUGACAUGGAUCUAGACCUUGAUGGGCAAUGUUCCUAUUUUGGGCACACUGGCUCUGAUGACAAGUAUGGUGUCCCCUUGGGUGACUCAAACUGGACAGUUUUUUGCGAUGGUGCACAGCUCACUGCGACGGUAGCGAUCACGAUGCUGCACGACAUGCCUGCGACCGCGACCCCAAGCCCGACGUUAGAGCCUGGAGUACCCUGCGCUUGCGAGGGACGAUGUGGAACAUUUCCCUAUAUGGACGUCGAUGGUGACGGUUGCCUUUCUCAGGCGGAGACCGAUUUGGUGGAGCAGCUCGCGGGGCACUUUACCGAAAUGGAUGCGGAUGAGGACGGCUGCGUCACCCAGGAUGAGUGUGCGGCGUCGGAUUUCUCUGCAGAUUUGCCCACCUUCCCGAUCCAAGGACCAGCUCACUGUGACUACGGGUGGUGCUUUAUGCCAGGCACCAGCGUUUGCGUGGUAUGUCCCAAUGGGGAGACGAGGCGGCGUCGAUCGGAAUCGUGCACCGACUGCCCCGCCGGCAAAACGGACGUCGGAGACUUUGACAACUGCAUCGGCGGCAUCUACCUCCUCCAGCCCAUCGGGGUGGGGGGCACCGUCGCCUUCGUCAACACCGACACCGACGAGUCCGGCUACGUGCUGACGAAGGGCGACUCGAUCAACAUUGCGACGCGCAACCCCGGCCAUUACGAGGUGGCAACGAUCCAGGACAAGAUCGGCUUCGACUCCAGCCGGCGGCCCUCGCCCGCCCACGAGGCCCUGCUCCGCAGCAGCGGCCCCUUCUUCGUCCUGGAGGAGGGGGCGCGCAUGCCCUUCGAGACCUACGACGCGGUCACCCUCGCGUGCAGCGCGGGCGACGGGCGCACCUUCUCCAGCAACUACCCGUGCGGAUGUGGCGUCGCCGUCUGUCAGUCUGGAGAGAGGUGCGAUCUUUCUGAGACAUCGGGCUUUGGGAGCGCUGGGCUUUGCAUUCCUGGGCCCGCCGGGGCUCCCCUGCCGACGCCUGCCCCGACCAUCUCUGCCCGGGGCGACCCGCACCUGGUCAACCUGAACGGGGAGCACUUCGACGUGAACCACGGGGGCGAGUUCACUCUGCUGCAGAUCCCCCAGACCACGAGGCCCCCGCUGCUUGAGCUCAAGGCCUCCAUCGGCCCCGAGUUUGGGAAGCCGUGCACCACGUACAUCACCGAGCUCGAGCUGUCUGGCCUGUGGCUCGACGGCCAGGUCGUGCAGGUCCGCUCCUACCUCAGGUCGCGCGAGGGGAACGAGACCGACAAGUUCCUGGGCCUCCGGGUGCUCCGGCCUACCAGCGUGCCGUCCCAGGUCCCGUGGGAGAAGCUGGAUGAGAGGGACGAUCCCAUGGUCAUCUCGGAGGGAAGGGGACAUUCGAUGCGGGUCACGCUGUCCACGACAAAGUGGCACACCAACAAACGCGCCUGGGGGAAGGCGCCGAACGUGGCGGGGCAGGUCGAGAUCGGGCUGCAGAAUAUCUUUCACAGGCACCACAAGGACGCGGCCACGCAGAUCGUCAUGCGCCAGGACUUGCCCUUGCAGGAGCACCUGAACCUGGCCGUGCGGCACCUGAGCUCGCUCGCCCGCAUGGACAUCGGCGGCCUCCUCGGGUUCGACCCGCACCCGGAGUCUCUGGAGGACGUCACGCCCGAGUGCCAGCGGCACAGGGACGGGCUCGACCGCGAGCGGGGCCCGCGCUCCAAGAAGGCGUGGAAGGUCCGCUGGGAGAAGGUCAAGGAUCGACAGCGCGGGCAGGCCCAGGCCCCCGGCGGCAGCAUGAACGACAACGAGGCGGCCUCGAGCCUGAUUGGCCAAGCGCGACAAGCGAGGGACAGAUAUGAUGUGCGUGUGCGCCGAUGA